GGUGCUGAUGCUGCUGCAGCCGUUUUACAAUUCCCCACCCAUACAGAGCACGGAAGAAGGAAAGAGAGAGAUUACAGCAAGGAGGAAGAAGGAGGGAGCGACUCCUCAGUAAAGAUGCUCCUGUGCUAGCCAGCACACAAGGUGCGAUGCGGCUAUGUCCAGUUGAGAAAAAGGUUUGCCACAGUGAGCCAGGAGAGAGGCGUGGUCCAGCCAAAAAGGAGCUAACCCCAGAUCAAGGUCAAAAAUCUGGAAUAUGUUUUAAAGCCUGUGCAUGAAGCCGUACAGCUGAAACAACAGUUGCAGACAGAGUAUGACCAAGCAUUGGUGGCUGUUCACAACAAAUAGAAGGUGGUCAAUCAGCUACAAAAGGCCUGCGAUCAAACUGACCAACAGCAUGAGGAUGCAGCACUGUGACUAGAGGUGAUGAGAGUUCACCAAAAGCUCAGCUUCUGAUCCCUCAGUUUUAGCCCUGCCCUCUGCAGACUGAAGACAGGGAAACAUUCAAACUGCUGUCUAUCAAAUCCAGCACCGUAACAACGGACCGCUCCAACAGCCCCCAAAAGAAUCCUCCAUCUGAGGUGAGAAUGGAGGAUGAGACAAGUUCGUCACCAAGGUCAAAACCUCGCUACACAGGCCAGGUCCGCCUUUGCACUGCCCGCUACAGUUAUAACCCUUAUGAUGGACCGAAUGAACAUCCUGAGGCAGAGCUCCCUCUUGUGGCUGGAAAAUAUCUAUAUGUGUAUGGAGACAUGGAUGAUGAUGGCUUUUAUGAAGGGGAGCUGCUGGAUGGCCAAAGAGGACUUGUUCCUUCCAACUUUGUAGAAUUUGUCCAGGAUAAAGAAAAAAUUAUUAUGGAAGGAGGGGAAGACGUAGGCCCUCUGGAGCGAACAUCCAUGGCCUUGAUGACCGUGGAUGGAGGUACCUCCCAAGAUGUCCUGCUGGGCUCAAGCAAUUCUCUGGUUCCAUGUAGCAAUGGGACAGGGGGAGGGCUGGAUCCUGAGGACCUAGCUGAAGAUGUUGUGCCUUACCCCCGUAAGAUAACCCUCAUCAAGCAGCUGGCACGGAGUGUUAUUGUGGCAUGGGAGCCUCCAGCAGUGCCUUUGGGCUGGGGGAACAUCUCUGGCUACAAUGUGUUAGUUGAUGGGGAACUUCGUGCCAGUAUACCAUACACCGGCCGGACCAAGUGCUUGCUAGAAAAGCUGGACUUGGACAGCUGCAUUUAUCGUGUCUCUGUACAGAGUGUCACUGACCGUGGCUUGUCGGACGAGCUACGCUGCACUGUUCUGGUGGGAGCCAACGUGGUGGUGGCACCAUGCGGAAUGCGGGUAGAUGACAUCCAGCGGGACACUGCCGAGCUCUCCUGGCUGCCUAGCAACAGCAACUACAGUCACACUGUGUACUUAGAUGGGGCGGAGCAUGCUGUAGUAAAGCCCGGAAGGUAUAGAUUAAGAUUCCACAACCUAAAGCCUCUAACGGUGUAUAAGGUCACAGUAGUGGCACAGCCCCACCAGGUGCCAUGGCAACUGCCUUUGGAGCAGAGAGAGAGGAAAGAAGCUGGGGUGGAGUUUUGCACACAAGCAGCAGGCCCAACACUAUUUUGCAGAACAGGUCCCCCACAGCCUCCACAGGAUGUUCAGGUGCUCUGUGGGCAGGCUCCAGGGGUUCUGCAGGUCCGCUGGAAGCCUCCCAUCCUCUCUCCGACUGGCACAUCUAAUGGGGCAAAUGUUGUUGGCUAUGCAGUCUGCACUAAAGGACAAAGGAUUGCUGAGGUGCUGUUUCCAAUGGCAGACUAUGUUACCAUUGAUCUGACAAGGAUUCAAUGCCUGGAAGCCAGAGAAGUCAUUGUUAGAACACUGUCAGUCCAGGGAGAAUCCCAGGACUCCCAAGUCGCUGUCAUUCCAAACAACCUGCUUGUGCCUCUACCUCCCCUUCCCCUACCACCCCCCAUGCACCCACACGGAGGCCCUCCUCCACUUCCACAUCCUCAACCUCACGUCCUAUCUCCUCACCUUCCUCACCCUACACCCCAACUUCCUGCUCCACCCCAUGGGCAACCACUUCCACCUCAUCCUCCACAUCCACAAGCCCAUCCCAGACUUCCCCAUCCAGGUGGAUCUCCACAUCCCCAACCACAGCCGGUACACAUGCAGCCUCACCCUCUCCACCAGGGUCACAGGCCCCAGCACCAACUGCCUCUGCUUCCCCACCCUCAGCCCCACCCUAUACCUCAGAGACCAGUAAGUGCCAGAGACCUGGAUGCCAAAGAGCACACAGCUCAUCAUGGAGGAGCUAUUCCACCCGGUCAGCCUGGCUGGGACCAGACUCGAUCUAUUUUGCAACAUCCUGUGCCCAUGCAAGGCCACACUCUUGAGGCCCCUCCCCCUGUUCAUUUGCGCUCCCCCUCCCCACAGAGGAUUCUUCCUCAGCCCCAAGGCACGCUUAUCCCGGAUACCGUGGCCAAAGCCAUUGCCCGAGAAGCAGCACAGAGGGUGGCAGCAGAAAGUGGCAAGGGAGACAGAAGGAUGGGGAGAUAUGGAGAGCAGGGUCAUUCGUUUCACCAGCAUCCCUCUGAUGAGGAAGAGGAAGAUGAGGAGGGAUUUGCCCGAGGACGUCGGAGAGGACCAUCAGUUGAUGAGUUUCUCAGAGGCUCUGAGUUGGGGAGGCCGCCUCACUAUAGUCACAAUGAAGAUUAUCACAGCGAGAGCAGCCGGGGCUCUGACCUGUCUGACAUCAUGGAGGAGGAUGAGGAGGAGCUGUACUCUGAGAUGCAGCUGGAAGAGGGACGACGACGCAACUCGCACAACACACCUAAGAACAAUAGUCCUGGUGGAGGUCGCCAUGACAGGGACAGUGGUAGACGAAUUCAACAUGGUGAAUCCCAUCCCAAAAGGCGCCCUCUAAUGGUUCCUUCCAUUGAUGGUUACAGGAAUCGGGACCGACGCUCUCCAACAUACUAUGACGAGUCAGAGCCUGAGGAGCCUUUUCGGGUAUUUGUGGCCCUCUUUGACUACGAUCCUCUGUCUAUGUCCCCCAACCCAGAUGCUGCGGAUGAGGAGCUGCCAUUCAAAGAGGGGCAAAUAAUUAAGGUUUAUGGUGAUAAGGACACAGAUGGGUUUUACAGAGGAGCAAUAAAAGACAGGAUGGGGCUGCUUCCCUGUAACAUGGUGUCAGAGAUACGGGCGGAUGAUGAGGAGACCAUGGAUCAGCUCAUCAAGCAAGGCUUUUUGCCUCUCAGCACCCCUGUGGACAAAAUAGAGCAGAACAGAAGGGGGCUUCGCCGAGAUCAGCCCUCAAGAAGAAUGGUGGCCCUAUACGACUACGAUCCCAGAGAGAGCUCCCCUAAUGUUGAUGUUGAGGCUGAGCUGACAUUCUGUGCUGGUGACAUCAUUGCUGUUUUUGGGGACAUUGAUGAAGAUGGGUUUUAUUAUGGUGAGCUCAAUGGCCAUCGCGGCCUGGUGCCCUCUAACUUCUUGGAAGAAGUGCCUGAUGACGUGGAGGUCUAUCUGACCGACACCCCGUCCCACUACCCCCAGGAAGAGCCCGCCAAUCGGCCCAGUACCAACUCUGCUGCUAACAUGUCGGAGGGAAAACGGGUCACUCCAGAAAACACAGAGACGACAAACAACAUCACCACACCGGUUCGGGCCCCAUCCCCGAUCGUUCGCCCCCUCCUUCCAGGAACUAUGAGACCACUGAGUCCUCCGAGGGGACACCAUGUCCCACUGGACCCCAGGGAUGCCCAAGAUCUGGCAAACAAGAAGAAGAAAGGAAUACUCUCAAAGGGAAAGAAACUGCUAAAGAGACUCUCCCCUGUGAAACAACAGUAAAGAUGACAAAUAGCAUAACCUUACAACAAAUACAGUACACCUGUGGGGCUCUGUACAUAGCAUCCAUACAAUCAACUGUGAUGUGACAGUGCAUUACAGAGUGGCCAUGUGAUUUGACUCCUUGACUGCGGGAGACAAGCAAGUGAUACAAACUUGUUGAUUAAUGGAAAAAAACAAAAAAACCUUUUGUACAGUGGAGUGCCAAAAUCAAGAGUGAAGUGACUUUCAGACACAAACACAUAUUACUGUGAUGUAUUUCAAAUUAAGGGAUGCUUUUUAAAAUGAAAAACUAGGAUUUUCAUGACAUGCUUUUCUCCUCUUCUUUAUUUCACACCCUCGUCAACCUCGAGUUAUGAAGCCAUUUUUUUCCACAAUGCAUAACAUAGAAUGGCGGAAUAUCGUAUAGGGAGGACCAUAAAGAACUAAUAACAGGGAUUCAAAUCACAACAUGACAUUUAGGAAGACAUAUUUAAAGCCUUUUUUGCUCUUCAAAGGAAAAAAAAUGCCAUCUUGCUCCACAAACAGUCUAAAAAUGACAUCUUUUUCAUUUCUAUAUGGAAAAAAAGGGUUAACACUAAAAGUUUUAAAACCUUGAUUUUUUAAAAAUCUAGCUUGAGACAGUUUAUUUGCUAAUUUAAUAAGUGAAACUUUUCAAGAUGCAUCUGCUGCCUGGGGCAAUAACAUUACAUAUGAUACCUUAAAGCACAGUGGAGUACUAUGUCUGCAUGCAGAAUUACAAGUGUCUUCAGGUAUCUUCAAAGGCAUCAUCAUUCAUUGAUAACAUUUUAAACUUAAAGAAGUCUAAAUCUAAUACUAUUACAACUUUUUGAUGGUUUUCACAAGUAAAACAGAGGAUGGAAAUUGAUAUGCAGAUUAUUUUAUAUUUCAAUUUUUAUUUUUUUGCAUGACAGCAAUGAAAAUACAUUUGAACUUGGCUGCAGUAAGGUAAAAUGCAGAUUAUGAAUAUAGUAAACUUUGCCAUCAUAUUUGAUUAAAAAUUCAAUGUAUUUUGAUCCAUUUACAGGACGAAUGUUGCCCUAUUCUUUAUAUCUUUAAGGAGAAUAAAGGUAGAAAUCACAACUGUAGUUGAACAAUGGAAAGAGAGGCUGAUAUGAACAUGAACAGCAGUUCGAAUGGAUAUAAGGAAGAAGGGGAGAAAAUUAAGGAGAUUUGAAUCUAGAUUGACAGAUAGCUUGAAGAGCAAGGUAAUUUCCACCCCUUUUUUUCUUUAAGGUGACAGAAUCAGGCUGAAUGCAGAAAAUGUGUAAAUGAUACUGUAGAUUUAAUGUACCGGUAAAUGUAGUAUUUGAUCUGUAGAAUAUAGUAUUAGCCUAAAAAAAUUACUUUACAUCAACCAAAACAGAAUUUACCUUUGGCAAAAUAGAGCAACAUAAAAUUAUCUUUAUUAUGGGUGACGCUUUAUCAAUUUAUAUAUGAAUAAUUCUUCCACUUUUUCACAACACACCAUAUAAUAAAACAUUUAAAAGUUGUUAUGUGAUGCAUUUAGAUAUAAAAAAACAAGUAAUGAAAGCCACGGAGGCUUGAGAUGUAUUCUGAAUAUAUUGACGAAGUAAGAAAUGUUCAAAUCAAAAACUACUUUAUGGUCAAAUGGCACACAUUCCCAAAAACUAAGAGUGGGUUUACAUUAUCCUUAUUUAAUAUAUUUUUUUAAAGAAUUCACAAGCUCAUUCUUUUGUAAAUGGAAGCAUAAUGUGUACCAUAGAUAGUUAAAUAAAUAAACCUUAAACGCUGUCUUUUACCAAGAAAGAAUGCCUGUUCCUUUUAAGGAAAUCUUAACUACGCUGCACUGUUAUGUGCUCUGUGGAGCAAUGCUGGCCACGAAAUGAAAAAAUAUUUAUGUGCAAUAUUGAUAUAUUGGGAAAGAAGAUACACUCUUAUUUGUAUCAAACUCACAUCUAAUAGUUAGCAUGUUUGAUUAAUAAAGGAAAUUGACAGCAGAUCAGAACCAGGGCAUUAAAAGCCAGGCGAGCACAGCCGUCUCAGUGGCCUUUUUAAAUAUAACAUGAUCACAACAUUCCUCUUUUGAUUACAAGACUGACUUACAAGAGGUUUUGGUUUCCAAACUGUUCCUCUGUGCUUUGUCACUUCUAGGAUAAAUAAAUUAGAGCAGUAAUAGUUGUCGUCUUUCCUGUCAAACUGUCAUGAAACGCCUAGUUCAAGAGAAAAUUCUGUGUUUAUCUUAUUGCACAAAGUGGAUGUUUUCUCUGACUGGAUUAAAAAAUGUUUAUGUGCCUGUGGACAUGUGAUGCAUUUUGUGUUUAGCACUUUUAUUUUGAUCCGAUUUUUAAAUAAUAUUCUGCUGCUUUCAUUGAAUGCACUGUGUUGUUUGUUUAUAUCUUGCAGAAAUACAGUAAAUGGAAGACUGAAACCACAGAAAAUAAUUGCUUAAUUUACAAAAUAUCAAGGCAUGCAUUGCUUUUUGAAAUUUGUAAGAUAUGUUGACUCAUUUCCUUUGGAUUUCAUGUUGCAGACAUUUGCUUUACUUCCAUUUCAACUACAUUAAUAAGCAUAUUCCACAGAAAUCACAUUUUAAACAGCUUAUAAAUCUGGUAGAAAAUACAAAUUUUUACUUUCAUUCUCAUGAUCUCUGUCGAGUAAAAUCUUAAAUUAGUGAAACUUUUAUUUUGUUGCUCCAAAAAAUAUUGUUAAAAUUUUGCACAUUAGCCUCAAAAAUUUAUUGGCACCCUUGAAUAAAUGUAGAGUAAAAGGCAUAAAAACAAAUCCAUUUAUUGCAGUGGCAACUUCACCCAGAAAAACAACAUUUAUAUGAACAUUGCAGCACUGAGCUCCUCAGAAUAAUUUAUUUACAUCCUCACUGUGCAUGUCGAAAAUAUAGUUUACGCCCCAUCGAAAAAUAUUUGUUGUAGUACCAGCUUUUUAAAGUAUUUUAACUAUCCCUCCUAUUGUAAAUAUGCAGGAUUUUAAGAAAGAUGUUUUUUUCAUGAAGCUAAUUCGUAAUUUUACAAGUUUUAAAUAGUUGUUAAGAGAAAAAAGCCUCAAAGUCAUAUCUAUACCUCAGAUUUAAAUAUUAACUCCUGAUAUAUCUAUUUGAAGAUGUCAUCACUCUUUUGAAG